UUUUUUAACGCGAGCAUGUGAACGGAUCUCGAGACUCGACUUUUCGACUUGGAACAUCUCGUGAGAAUUAAUGUACGCAGUAGGGACAAUUGCAGAGGUGGAAUUUUAUUUUUAACGGGACGACCGUGUACUUGUUUACGCGAGGUUUUUGAUGAACGUGUGAGUUGUCCGUUGACGCUUGUCGUUUUCACCGAUCAUUCGGUCGUGCCUGCCUCUGCCUGCUGCCGCGAAUGUGGAUACUUCAUAGUGUGCUGUACUGCUGCUGCCGCCGCUGUGCGUUUGAAGUGCUCCCUACGGCUGAUCGCCUUUGGAUUUUAACAAGUCCUUCACAUUCGUGAACGCUUUGAAACUGGUUCGUUAUUGUACCAGACCCCGCCGUGAUUGUCACUUGAUAGCAACACCCGAGGCGCCAAAGCUGUCCGCAUCGGCGCUUUCUUUAGCCCAAGUGGUAUCAAUGUUGUCUGGCAAUGGUGUGUAAGGAGAACGUGGUAUCAUGGUUUGGGAAUCUGUCCAGUUAUAAACGCAUCGAUGUCAUGUGCACGUUACUAAACAUGUGCCUGCCGUUUGAAAUAAGAUACCUUGGCACUUGUGUAGAGGAUAUUGGUAAACGGGACUACAAUGAUCUCCGUGACACGGAACAUCAUGCAAACAGUGCCACUGAUCUUGCCGAGUUAACAACCUUAGGUGUGGCAGAUAAACGCACACGAAGGAAACUUGCGCUCUACAUGGCAUUAUUACAUUCUUGUAAUUAUGCAUGUGCUGUAAUCUUGUACAAGAAUUUGUCAAAUUUUGACUACCAAGAAAUCUCUAACCUAUUAAAUGGGACCACCUUUACACCGGAUGAUCAACCACUUGAAGAACUGCUCUUAUUGUAUACAAUGGCUUUAAAUCAUCCAGCAUUUACAUAUGAGCAGAAAAGUGUCUUCGGUAACAUUUACAUAAAGCUUCAAGAAGAAGAAGCUCGUCUGAAUCUUUCAAAGUUAAAUUCAUCUUACAAACAAGCACAGGGUUGCGCACCAUGUAUGAAUACAAAUGAAAGAUUAAUAGACACAGAGAUGCAAGGCAGUUGUAUGAUGGCUCCACCACCAAUGCAAACUUAUCAUGGAGAAAUGACAAUGAGAAAUAAUACCAUGGUAACCGGUGUUCCCCCUGGUCUUUCUAUGCCUCCACCUGGAUUAUGCCUGCCAACUCCAGAACAAAUGCCAAUGGGAUCAGGUGGUGCAACUCAAUACCUUCACCUUGGCUUUCCAUCAGUAAAUCACAUGCCACCAUGGACAGGUCAGGUUAUGAUGGGGAAUCAACUGAUGUAUCACACUGGCGACAUGUUGGCUUAUCCACCUUCCCCCUUAGUCAGCCGUCAAUCGUCACCAUCCCAGUCUCGAUCUCCUAGUCGCAGUAAUUCCCCAAUGGGUCGCAGAAAUAAUACAAUGCCGCGCACCUCUUCGCAAGUGACUCAGUCUACUUCGAAUACCUUAACAUCAACGAGUGCCUCUAACAGUCAAACAAGCAUCUGCAGCUCAAAUGCCAAUUCCCUUCCACCACUCCCCACAUUGGGUACGAACAGAAGUCAUCCUAGUCAACCUCCAUUGCUUCCAUCACGCUCUGUUCCCUUGUCUAUCAGCAGUUCUACUACUUUUUCACGCCAUAAUAGCAUCGAGAAUACUCCUUCUACCUUAAUUCCGGCAGCACCUCAAUCAAAACAACCUCCACCACCACGACUGCGAUCUUCAAUUUCUGGUGAUUCUUUACGAGAAACGCUAGGAAAAGAAAUGCCAAAUUUCAAAGGCAACUUGCAGAAUUUUUCUCUCGACGAGAUCCGAAGAAUGAGUGAUGAGGACUUGAGGGAAAUAGGAUUAACACAAAAUGCAGUAGGGCAAUUACGAAGUAUAGUUAAGAGUCAAACUACUAAUGGCUUAAAUCAAAUUUCUACUGAUAAAAAAUUAGAUAGUACUAGCAGCACAACACACACAGUUGUAGAUUCAGUUGAAAAUGAGGCUAUACCAGGAAUGGAGAUGUUGAAUGAUAAUGGAAAUCAAAGCAGUAAGUCAAUGCCAUUACAGGAACAGCAUCCAGCGAUGCAUCAUCAUCAUAAUCAUGCAGCUACACCUAAUUUACGGCGAUAUCCUACUAUGCCACCAUUAGAUCCUGCGCAAAUACAAAUGUAUCCUGCACCGCCACCGAUGUAUGCUGCACAAAAUGCACCAUGCUAUGCCUGUCUUACAUUACCUGUCGCCGGGGUACAAAAUCGAUAUUCAAGGUGCAAUGCUCAACAUGUAUAUUGUUUAACACAAUUACAAGCCUUGAGGUUAGAUCCUGAAAACAGCAGGCACUGUUCACAGAGCAGUAGUUCUGAUAGUACUGGUAGUAGAUCUCCGCCAGAGACUCCUCCGGCAGCACCGUGGGUGAGCGGCAGUGAGAGCAAUCCACCGCCAGUUACUGAUCAUCUUAGUUCUGCACCGGUACAUUCUACAAGUGCAGUAUCACAUCCAGCAUCCCAACAACCUAUACAAUCGGGCCCGGAAAGGCAACGUACUAGAAGAAAUCAGACACAUGUAAUGCGUCAUAAAAAUCAAAUGGUGAACGGCGGUGGGCCACCGAAUCUUUCACAAUGCGUUUCCUUUCCCACGCCACCUUCGCAGUCGCAGGUCACGUAUCUGCCGCAUGGUCAUUUUCCGGCUUUGAGACCGAGUAGUGGUAUUUAUUCUAACUUCUCACAUGGACCGUAUGCAAGACCAGCUUAUCCGACCACGUACCAACCGAAUGGUGAAAUGAUGUACCAAUAUCCUGGACAUCCAUCCUCGGGAGGAACACCACCACCUCCACCGAAUGCAGCCGCGACACCUGUUCAGGCGCCGUAUAUGCCACCUACUCCGAUUGUUACAUAUGCACCAGCUGCCGUCCCACCAACGAAAAUUUCGUGCUAUAAUUGUGGCAGUAGUAGUCAUCUUGCAGUUGACUGUAAAGAUCAAACCAUGGAAGAUCUUACCAAAAAAGCUCAAUACCGCUUAGAUUACAGUAUAAUGAAACAACCUGGAGAGUGCCCAAAUUCUGACAAGUGAUCCCCUGCCGCGGACCAUCCAGCAAUUUAUCAUUAUCAUCAUUACCGUAAUUACUGUCUCCAUCACUGUCACUACUACUGUUACUACGAUGCCGCCACAGCAAUACAACCUAAAUACCGUUCAAAAGAUGACUGCUAUCGCUCCUCAUGCAAGUUUUCGGUGAUUUUUGUAGACAUCCCUUAUAUUCAGGAUGACGAUUUUUUAACCGAGGAAGUUUCGCGAUUUGCGGUACCAGGUAUACUUUUUACAAGUUCUUAUUUAUGAUAGUAAUUCUUAAUUAUGUAAAAAGAUGUCGCGUCAUGUACAAAGAAAAAACUGGGAGAAGUAUAACGCAGAAUGCUCUUAUCUAUGUUUUUAGAAUACAUUUUGAAAGGUUUGUGUUAGGUACUGACUCGUGUCUUACCAAUGAUACGUAUGGACUACAUAUAAACACAUACAUACAUACUCACACACACAUUCACAGCACGCCUCAACCCAAUUUCUCACUAUUUCUCUAGUAACUAGCCAUAAACGAAAUACAAGAAAAAAGAACGCAUUGUGCUCUGAUUAGAUGAAACUACCAUGUUUGACUGUAUUUAUCAUUGAUACUUUUACUUCUACUAGUACAUCUACUAUCACUAUUGCUACUACUACUAUUAAACUAUUACUAUUACUUCUAUUAUCGCUACUGAGCCACAUUUUUAUGUAUACAUAUUUUCUCAAUUCUUACGUGCGCAAUGUUUGAACGAGUGCAAAAAUGAAUGAUGACAACAGAGUAAAAAAAGAUAAGUUGAGAAGAGUAAAGGAUGAAUGCACAUAAGAAAGAGAGAGAAAAGAAAACAGGAAAAAAGAAAAAAGGAAGAAUGAAAGAACAACAAACCAUAAGUGUUCGAUCGUCUAGCUGCCUUUGCGCUCCUGUGUGUAUAAAACUAUAAAUAUACGCCGCUCACCACUCAUUUAUUAACUUAUGAAUAGUUAGUUAAAUAACAAUAAUUCUCAUCCUAUUUAUAUAAAUAGUCAUGCAAUCACGUGCAACUUAAGCAAUUUUAUACGAGUUUUAUUGAUCGCCCAUCUUUUUUAAGUGUAAGCAAUGCGUUAUAUGCGUUAAAAAUCUCGUUAGUAAGUAAUAAACAAAAGAAAGAAUAACGACUUGAAUAUGUACUAGUGUUAGGUAUGAGUGGAGUGGCAAUCUGCGUUGAAUUCAUCUUGUCAACAAGUUGCUACUGCAUUUAAACCAAUUCUUAAUUAAACGAACACCGUUAGUGAGUGUUGAUCUAAUUCUAUUAAAGUGUAUAAUUUGGUAAAUCUUUGUCUAGUUCCCAUACUUACGAUGACUUAUAAUUUUUAAUCGUAAGAUUCUCGUACUAUGCAUCUGAUCUAUAUGAAAUAGAUCCUAGAUAUUUAAAAUAGUAAGGACUGAAAAGAUAUAAAAACGAGUGAGAGUGAGUUUGAUAUGUGUGACUUUAAAUAUACAUGCAUUUAAAAACUUCCUUUCAGUAGCUUCUGGAUAUAAAGAAUUCUCAGGUGUUUUUUUUUUCUUUUUUUCUUUUUUUGGUUGGUAAUGAAUUAUUUGGCAGCUAGUCAAUAGCCACAAACAUUUUGGGAUUAAUAUUUUAGAGUUGUUAUUUUGCAGUGAUAAAAAUUUGAAAAAAAGAGACAGUUCAGAGUUGAUGAUUUUCAUAUUACCUUUGAAUCUGAUUUAACAAUUUUAUUAAGAUGAUGAUAACUUACUCUAAUGGUAUUGUUUUCGCAUAUUAUUGUAUAUAAAGUGAAAGUCGUUUUUUAUUUCUAAACAAUACUUUAUUCAGAUUCCAAAGAAAGCCAAAAAUUAGUUGGGAAAAGUCGAAAAAAUAUUAUUCGUACUAUAUAUAUUAUAAUCUUCAAACAUUUGUCAAUUUUUUAUAAGAAAUUCGACUGUGUCGUAAUUACUAGAGUCUGAUUCGGUAUUUAGGUAACAUUUAUUAAAAGUGCCAUUUUUGUUGAAACACCCAGUGUCUUCAUACCGGUCUAUUUAAAAAAAAAAAAAAAAAAGAAUAAAGGUUGAGGUUUAUCUUGCCAUUAGCAUUAGUCAAUGAUGAUUUUUAAAAACUACCUGAGAAAAGUUUCGAAGUGGCUGUGACUGAUGAAGAGUGUGUAAAAUUCAUAUUAAAGCUCUAUGAAUAUUUUUUUUUAAUUCCAUAAUACAAAAUAAUCGAAUCCUGGUAUUCGCGAGUACUUUGUUUUUGAAUUAAUAUCAGUUGUAAUUGGCAGAUAUUGCCUAAGCCAGAUUUAUGAAACACACACAAACACAUUUUUGUAUUUUACAUUUUAAAUUCAGAUAUGUUGCUUGACAAGAGCAAAAGAAAAAUAGCGCAAAGAUUUCGUGUGUUUGUAUGUGAUUUGUCUACGAAACAAAGGAGUCUGAGUUUACAACAUAUAUUUAACAAAAAUAUUGUAAAUCUCUCGAUUGAAUUUUUCUGGUAAGGUCAUCAUUUGAGUCAUAAAUUUGAAAUUUUCGUUCGCGGACAAAUUUCGUUUUCGAAAUUAAAUAUAUUAUUAAACUAUUUUUAAAUAUAGGUCCAAAUGAAUGUGUUUGCAUCUUGGUAAAUAAUAACAAUUCAUUGUUGACCAAACGGUAUUAUAGUCACGAUUAGUCGUGCUAAAAGCAGAAGCAAUAGUAUUAUAAUUAUUAAAAUAUAACACUUUAUUGCUGUUUACUAACUGUUGACAUUGAUAAUCAAGGGAAUAUGUUUUAGUAUAUCUCAGAUGUAUGUGUCAUUGGCAAUAAGAUGAAUGCGAUAUUUUUUCUCUUAACUGUUAAGCAAUACUUCUUAGCAUAACAACAGUACAUGUUUUUAAAAGUGAAUAUUGUAUAGUAUUAGUGUUGUAAGCAGCAAUAAGGGAGUUCUGUAAUUUUGUUGCUAAUCUGCAAUUAUAUAUAAAAGAGAAGGAUCGUUUUAGCAAUAAUGUCAUAUUUAAUGACAUAAUAUAUUACAUAGUUAUUUAACAGAAAAUUCUAUUAUAAAGAAUGUAACUAAGGAAUUGUCGUUUUCAUUGCAUCGACUACAUUCAUUUUAAUGUAUUUCAUCAGUUUGAUAUGUUCGGUUGAAGCGAUUGAAAAUUUUAUGGAAAAUAUGUAUCUCCUAAUUUUUGUUCUUAUUCGAAUUUUCUUAAUAAUAUCGUUGUUGAUAAUAAUUAAUCAUCGUCGUGGAACGGUGAGGAAUUAGUUUCAUUAGCUAUAUCAUUGUAGGAGGCUGUCUGCUUUGAAUCAAGACUCCUUUGUUUAACAAGUACCGUUAAGUACGCAUUUAAAUUAAUGAAACAUGUACAUAGGUGGUAGAAAGGAACCACAAACAAAAUUGUGCUUGAUGCAAUAAGUGCGUUAUGUUGUUCAAGUUUGAAAAAAAAGUUCAAAUGCUCUUGAUCAAAUCAGUAUUAUAUGGAAAAGAAUCAAAAAGUCAAAGAAUCAUAUCACUUGAACAGAAGCUGUAGAGCAAGAGCGUGAGAGAUUAGUAGUAGUAAUUAUAAUAAAAUGAUAAUAUUAGUAUUAACUAUAAUAAUUAUAUUAAUGAUAAAUUAUAUGUAUAUAUAUUAUAUAUUAUAUAUGUGUAUAUAUUAUAUAUAAUAUGUAUAUUAUAUAUAUAUAUAUAUAACCACAUAUAUAUAUAUAUAUAUAUAUAUAUAUAUAUAUAUGUAUGUAUAUGUAUAAAAUAGAGAUGUAAACUUUCUGGAAAGAUUUGAUCAUUUUUCAAAUGAGAACUCCUUUCGUUUUUAGGAAAUGCAGACAAAUAUUUAAAAAAAAGGGAAAAAUGAAGGAAAAAAAGUAAAAAAACAAAAAAGAACAAAAAAGGCAAAAACAUUGACUCGGAUGUUGUUGUACAUCUUUAAUACGUAAUUUUGGUUGUUUUCUAUAAUAAUUAUUAUCUCAUACUUUAAUUCUUAGUUUCAGCAAUAACUGUUUGUGUUACUAAUCUCUAUUAGCACUUCUAGCUACUGUUCCUAAGUGUGUUUCUUUUCGCUUCAGUUAGAACUCACGAUUAUCUUUUCUCUUUCCUAUACGUAUUUAUUGAUGAAAUUCGACUAAUGAUAACAAUAAAUUAUAAAGUACAAGUAAUUAGCCAUCUUAUAUUAUGAGAAGCAGCUCAAACGUUUCGAAGCUCGCGUUUCUGCUAUAUUAAGAGAUAAACGUGCAACACGUAUAUUUUAUAUCGUAAUGAAAUUUGAUAAUAUGGAAGUAAAAAAACUUUCUCGACACUUUACAUCUCUAAUGUUAAAUGAAUAAAAUAGGUUGUACUCAAAUGGAAUUAUAAAAAGUGAAAAAAGAAUGUAAAAAAAGACUAGAGCCAUGUGUAUCUUUUUUUUGUCAAAUAUUUUUGGACAUACAGGGGUGUAAUUGGGCAGCGGUUAAGAUUGUACAGAGAAAGUUAACAGAGGAGGUAGAAAUGAAAAAAAUCUAACGAAAUACACAUACAGGUACAUCUAUUGUACAAACAGAAAUACCCAAAUAUACGUGUAUAUGCAGACAUAUAUCAAGAUACCGUCGGCAUAGUGACUUAAAAAGCGCUUACAAUUACGAUGUAUGUACAUUUGCUGCGUUUUGUGACCGAUGCUCGUUAUACAAUAAUGUUUGCAUGAGGUGAUCAAUGAUACGAAAAGUUUGCCCGACUACCGAGACUUACGAAGACAAUACGUGCUUUGGACGAGAACGAAAAUAAAAUAUAAAAUGUAAAAAAAAAAAAAAAAAAAGUGGAUAGAAAAAUAGCAUGAAACACAAAACGCGAUACAUUAUGGAUGAGAGUUGCCAUUUCAAAGAAAUAGGAACGAGAAAAAGACAAUGUCGUUUCUGGAAUGGAAAUUUUGAAAAAAAAAAAACGAAUCAAGCGGGGUAAAGCGUGCUGCUUAACGGUUAAUGUAUAAGUGUAAUUAUUAUUAUUUAAAGAAGAAUAGAAAAAUACAAAAAAAUUUAGGAGGCAUUCUGUGCAAAAGUGAAACUCAUUCGGUUUUUGUAGUCGGUCGCUGAUGUGAAAGGAUCAAAUUUUUCGACAAGUAAUACUGUUAUUGUGGUACGAUAAAAAGUGUAAUGGGUGAAAACACACAAAAAAACAACAAAUUUGAAAAUAAAAAAAAAUCUGUACGAGGGUUUGUGCCGCUCUACGUCAUGUACAUAAGAAUCGGUGCGAAAGAGGAAGAAUGUAUGAUACGUAAGUAUGUAUGAUAUAUAGUGCGAUAGAGGAAAGAAGAUUUACAUACAAAUAUGUGAUGUGUAUAUACACAUUAUAUAUAUACAUACAUAUAUGGAAAUAUUGAGAUAUAUUUGUAAAUUCUGUUAUUUGAAUGCAUUAUAAAUAUUUUAACCUCCUGUAAUGAAAUAUUUAAUAAAAAACGUUACCAACCAA